AUGAGCGCGGCCCGGGAGUCCCACCCUCACGGGGUGAAGCGCUCGGCGUCCCCUGACGACGAUCUUGGAUCCAGUAAUUGGGAAGCAGCAGAUUUGGGCAAUGAAGAAAGGAAACAAAAGUUCUUGAGGCUAAUGGGAGCAGGAAAGAAAGAACACACUGGUCGUCUUGUUAUUGGAGAUCACAGAUCAACAUCUCACUUCAGAACAGGGGAAGAAGACAAGAAAAUGAAUGAAGAAUUGGAAUCCCAAUAUCAGCAGAGUAUGGACAGUAAAUUAUCAGGAAGAUAUCGACGACACUGUGGACUUGGCUUCAGUGAGUUAGAGGAUCCUGAAGGAGAAGCCGACGUGGGUGGAGAAGAUGAUGAUGAUGACGAAGACGAAGGUGAUUCCCCUGAUCCUGAAAGUCCCGAAGACUCUGAAAGUGAUUCAGAGUCUGAAAAAGAGGAGUCCGCUGAAGAGCUGCAAGCACCUGCCCAGCCCGAUGAAGAGGAGGACCCCAAAAAUAAAAAAGAUGCGAAGAGCAAUUACAAAAUGAUGUUUGUGAAAUCCAGUGGGUCAUAACUCCAGGUCUCUAACUAGUCUUUGUAUUAAAGUAAGCCUUAUUGUUAUAAUGCACAGUGGAGAACUGCUUAUAGCACAGACCUUUGUAUUAUAAUUUUAAAAAAAGGCCCUUUUAAAUAAUUUCAAGGAGUGUUUGCUUUCAGAUGCCAUGGAUUACACUUUUAUGGGCAUGAUUAUAUCCAUUUUUGUAAAGUGUACAAGAGUUGCAUUGUACAAAAAACAAAUAAAUACAGUUCCCAGCCUUCUUUUUACAUCAACAACCCUCCACUCUGCCCUAUUCCCCUCUCUGACCUGAUUAUGUGGGACACACAUUUUUGGAACUUUCCCUCAGUAGUAUUGUGUGGGUGUUUUUUGUUUUGACACUGUAUGUGACCCAUCAUUUGGCCCUGGAUAUUUUCUUCUUUCAAAAGUUCAUUUGAUAAUGUGAUGGUGCAUUAAUGAUAAAAUACCUCUUUCUUUAACUGUAAGACUCUGUGAUAGAACUUUAUGUAAUGAUUAUUGCUUUUAAGUUUAACAAAAGAAUAGGUUUAAUUUAGUUAACUAUCCAUAUUUACUUUCAUCAGCUAAAGCAUUUUGAGGUAAACACUCUUUCACCUACUACUAGGAUAGAAUAGUCUUGUUAUUCUCACCCAGAGGGCUUUUUCCUUCUGGAUUUUAGUAAGUAUUCUCAAUAUCGCUUGGGUUACAGUUAACACUUACUCUUGAUUAAAAUAUGAUAAAUUUUGCAGUGGUGGGUUAGCUGGCUAUUCUACAAGUGAGGUUAAAUGAUUUGGGGGGGUGGGGGGGGAACCUAAAUUUAACUUUGUUGUGAAAAAAAGGAGAUUGAACAAGCAGUUCAGCUAAUAGGAUGGUUACCUCUUUUUCUAAUGAUGAAAGCAAAAGGGAUUUCCAGUCAAUCAUUGCCUGAAAUUGUUGGAAAGAUGUAGUUUCUUAAAGUGGUUUCAAGUAAGAAACUUAGUAGAGUGAAUCCAACUCUUAAUGUUAAAUUGAACUGUCCUGCUCGGGGGCAUUAAUAUCUCUUACAUGUCAUUCUUCUGAACCUGUGCUAAGUUCAUUGAUGUAUUUGGUCGUUCUUAUGUAAAUGAGUAGUGGUCCUGCAACCCCUAGGAGCAAGCAGUUAUUUUCUCAUUCUCUGGCCUAGAUGAAAAAAGACCCUCUCUGCUCUUUUCAGAUUAUUUUAUUCUCUUUCUGGUCUUUACCUCUGUUGUGGAAGUUACUGGUGGGUCCUAACCCACAGCGCACUAAAUCAUAAUCAUGCUGUCAAGUGAUCAUCAUGUGACAGGCUUGCUAUUAACAUUAAUGUGUAUAUAUAGAUAUACAGAACUGGUGAGUCGAUGUAAAAUAUAUUGAAAUGGUUGGAACACAAACGAACAAAUGUUAUUUUGGAAAAAAACAAAGCAGCCUAGAAUAAGCUAUAAGCUUGAUUUCAGAUUAAAUCUAACCUUUCAGUGAUCA